AUGCAGCUCGUUCCGAAAGAGCUGGAUAAGCUCGUUAUAUCUCAGCUGGGCUUCCUGGCCCAAAGGAGACUCGCCAGAGGGGUCAAACUGAACCAUUCAGAGGCUUGCGCUCUGAUUGCCAGCAAUUUACACGAGCUGAUUCGCGAUGGAAACCACACAGUUGCCGACCUGAUGUCCAUCGGCAAGACCAUGCUCGGUCGACGACAUGUUCUGCCUUCUGUUGUCUCAACCUUGACCGAGUUGCAAGUCGAGGGUACCUUCAAGACUGGCACAUAUCUGGUCACUGUCCACCACCCGAUCAGUUCCGACGAUGGAGACCUUGAAAAGGCGCUUUAUGGAAGUUUCCUUCCUGUGCCGUCGAAAGAUGCAUUCCCACUACCAGAGGCAAGUGAGUAUGACAACAAGAAAAUGCCCGGUGCCGUCAUCCCUGUCAAAGAAGGUAGGAUUACGUUGAACGAAGGACGGAAGAGAAUUCGAUUGAAGAUCACUAGCAAGGGUGACAGACCAAUACAGAUCGGGUCUCAUUAUCAUUUUAUUGAAACAAAUCCACAACUAGAGUUCGACAGAGGCAGAGCCUAUGGUUUCCGUCUAGACAUUCCAGCGGGUACUUCGGUCCGUUUCGAGCCCGGAGACGCCAAAACAGUCACGCUGGUCGAGAUUGCAGGCAACAAAGCGAUACAUGGCGGAAACAAUCUCGCUUCUGGUGCCGUUGAUGUAUCUCGUGUAGAAGAAAUCGUACAGAAGCUUCAACAAGCCGGAUUUGCCCACGCACCUGAACCUGCUGGCGACUUGGCCCAUAUAGACGUGGCCUCCAUGACCCGUGCAGACUAUGCCGGCAUGUUCGGUCCCACAACUGGUGACCUUGUCCGAUUGGGAAUGACAGAUCUCUGGAUCAAGGUCGAAAAGGACAUGACGGUCUACGGUGACGAAUGCAAGUUUGGUGGCGGCAAAACUCUUCGAGAGGGGAUGGGGCAAGCAUCCGAUCGGAAAGAUGCCGAUGUGCUCGACACGGUCAUCACUAACGCCCUCAUCGUCGACUGGUCUGGCAUAUACAAGGCCGAUGUUGGAAUCAAGGACGGCAUCAUUGUGGGCAUCGGCAAGGCUGGCAACCCGGACGUCAUGAACGGUGUCCAUCCCAACAUGGUUGUGGGCAAUGGCACUGAUACCAUUGCGGGCGAACACAGCAUCCUCACUGCAGGAGGUAUCGACUCCCAUAUUCACUUGAUCUGUCCUCAACAGGUAUAUGAAUCCGUCGCAGCCGGCAUAACCACCUACCUAGGAGGUGGCACCGGCCCCAGUACAGGUACCAACGCGACGACCUGCACGCCCGGAAAAUGGCACAUGAAACAGAUGCUUCAAGCGGUCGACUCACUUCCCAUCAACUACGGUAUCACGGGUAAAGGAAACGACAGCUCCCCUGUUGCCCUCCGUGAGCAAUGCGAAGCCGGUGCUUGCGGUCUCAAAUUACAUGAAGACUGGGGCACGACUCCCGCCGCGAUUGAUACCUGUUUAUCUGUGUGCGAUGAAUACGACGUCCAAUGUCUCAUUCACACCGACACGCUCAACGAGUCUGGCUUCGUGGAAUCCUCUGUCGCUGCUUUCAAGGGUCGAACCAUUCACACAUACCACACCGAGGGUGCCGGCGGCGGACACGCACCCGAUAUCAUCUCCGUUGUUGAACAUCCCAAUGUUCUCCCUUCGUCGACCAACCCCACAAGACCGUACACGAGGAAUACGCUGGACGAGCACCUCGACAUGCUGAUGGUCUGUCACCACCUCUCCAAGAACAUCCCGGAAGAUGUCGCCUUCGCCGAAUCCCGCAUUCGCGCAGAGACCAUCGCGGCUGAAGAUGUGCUCCACGACCUCGGCGCGAUUUCUAUGAUGUCCUCCGAUUCGCAGGCGAUGGGCCGCUGCGGCGAAGUGAUCCUUCGCACGUGGAACACGGCGAACAAGAAUAAACAGCAGCGUGGAACGCUGAAAGAAGACGAGGGCACGGAUGCGGACAACUUCCGGGUCAAGAGGUACCUGAGCAAGUAUACGAUCAAUCCGGCGAUCGCGCAGGGGAUGAGCCACUUAUUGGGCAGUGUCGAGGUGGGGAAAGUGGCAGACUUGGUACUCUGGAAGCCGAGCAUGUUUGGCACGAAGCCCAGUUUGGUGGUUAAAGGAGGCAUGAUAAGUUAUGCGCAAAUGGGCGAUCCCAACGCUUCCAUCCCCACUGUGCAACCGGUGAUCAUGCGGCCCAUGUUCGCCGCGCACGUGCCUUCUAGGAGCAUCACAUUCGUGUCACAGCACUCGCUGGCCUCGGGGGUCGUGGCCUCGUACAACCUGUCCAAGCGCGUCGAGGCCGUGAGGGGCUGCCGCACCGUCAGCAAGAAGGACAUGAAGUUCAACGACGCCAUGCCCAAGAUGAAGGUCGACCCCGAGUCGUACAGGGUCGAGGCUGACGGCAUGCUCUGCACCGCCGCCCCUGCUGAGGUGGUGCCCUUGGGCCAAACGUACUUUGUUUACUGA